AUGGUUUAUUGCGGUAAGCCGAGCAAAGGCUGCGGCCAGUGCAGGACAAGGAAGAUUCGGUGCGACCAGGCCCGCCCGGCCUGCUCACAAUGCGUACGGGCUAAGCGGGACUGCCCCGGUUAUCGGGACCAACUGUCCUUGAUGUUUCGAGAUGAGAGCAAAUCAGUGGCGCAGAAAGCCAAGGCGGGCUCCUCUAGCUCUUCCACCUCUUCAGCACCAUCCAAUCCUGAGACAGAAUCGCGAGCGCCUCGCAUUGCUUCCCCAGACGGGAGUACUGCGUCCGAGCUUACGGUUUCGGUGGAUCCGGGCUCAGAUAGCCUGGAUAACUUAUUCGACUUCAACUCGGAUCCACAAUUUGACAUGUACAUGCCUGAUCCAUGGCAAAUGCCUCUCGAAAUUCAGCCGACCGAUGAAGCCUCGCAAAUGGAGGCCGUUUGCUACUUUCUGCGGUCUAAUGCUAUCCCGGGUACUUUCUGGAUGAGUGAUUUUGUUACAAAGUUCUUGUUGCAUCCCGGAGGUACAGUCAGUCAACGGGCCAUGCAGGCUAGUAUUAUAGCCGUUUCCUCGGCAAUGUUAUCCCGUGUUAGGAAAACAAAUUCGCUCAAAGUAAUGGCGCGGAAGGAAUAUGUAUCAGCGCUCAAUUGGCUAAACACCGCUCUCGCCGAUGUCGAGGAGGCCAAGACUAAUCAAGCACUGGGGACUGUCGUGCUCCUCGCGAUAUAUGAAGUUGUCACAUCGAGAGCCCCGCAGGAUAUUGAUAUGUGGACUAAUCACAUAAAUGGAGCAACUGCUCUCCUGGAUUUGCGGGGUACCGAUCAGCUUAAGACUGAAGCAGGCCUUCGUCUUUUCUUGCAUUUGCGGUAUCAAAUUAUCAUAAGCUGCAUGCAAAGAGAUUCUCGAGUACCCGAGUCAUUGUUGGAGUGUUCGAAGUUUGCCAUGUUCCUCCGACCCAGCGAAGCCCACAGCAACCGAUUGGUCAUGGUUAUUGGUAGAUUAUCGAACCUCCGUGCAGAGAUCCUUGAAAAGACUUUCAACAACGCGGGCGAGAUUAUCGCCGCCGCUUCAGCCAUAGAAGCUGACCUUAUCGCCUGGCUCGCGGCUCUGCCGCCUGACUUCAACUACGAAACCCUCACGAAAUCACCGUUUGACUUCCUGUUUCAAGAACGAUGCCGUGGGAUAUCCCUCUACGACGAUCAAUAUCAUGUCUAUCCAACCCUCUGGAUCUGCAGCACCUGGAACCAAUACCGUUGCGCACGAAUCAUUGUCAGCGAGAUCAUCCUGUCCCACAUCAGGCAGAUUUCAGACUCAUCUUCCCUGAGGUCCCUGUCAGAUGAAUUCAAGACUCACUGCAAAACUCUCCGAUCGACCAUUCGGCGCCUAGCACUUGACAUUUGCCGCAGUGUGCCUUUCCAUCUGGGCGCACAUUUGAAAAGCGCCUCGCCGAAUUGUCCACCCCCGGAGAGCUACAUUGGAGGGCUUAUGCUCUUGUGGCCCCUAUUUCUAGCCGGUGUGGUUGAGAAUCCGAGCCAUAGCCUACGUCAGUGGGUGGUAUCUUGCUUGAGGAUGAUUGGAAAUACUAUGGGACUAGACCAGGCUCUUGCACUCAUGGAUAUUGUUGCUUCCGACCCGGGCAUUCUUCAUCAGGUACUCGAAGAAGACGAAAGUGCCUUGACCGAAGAGUCUUCGUCUUUUCUUACCUCUUCUGUGCCCAAGAAGACGCCCGUUUCACUUAUCAAUCUUCCCUAUUCAAACAUUCCUGCUUCGGAAGAAGGAGAGCCCUGA